AUGGAGUUUCUUCUGGGGAAUCCGUUCAGUACCCCAGUGGGGCAGUGCCUCGAAAAGGCAACUGAUGGCUCCCUGCAAAGUGAGGACUGGACACUGAACAUGGAGAUCUGCGACAUCAUCAACGAGACAGAGGAAGGGCCAAAGGAUGCCAUUCGAGCCCUGAAGAAGCGGCUCAACGGGAACCGGAACUACAGAGAAGUGAUGCUGGCAUUAACUGUGCUGGAGACGUGUGUGAAGAACUGUGGCCACCGCUUUCACAUCCUCGUGGCUAACCGGGAUUUCAUUGACAGUGUUCUGGUCAGAAUCAUCUCUCCUAAGAACAACCCCCCCACCAUUGUGCAGGACAAAGUGCUUGCUUUGAUUCAGGCCUGGGCAGACGCCUUCCGGAGCAGUCCAGACCUCACUGGUGUUGUGCACAUAUACGAGGAGUUAAAGAGAAAAGGGGUCGAGUUUCCUAUGGCAGACUUGGACGCACUGUCUCCGAUACACACACCACAGCGGAGCCUCCCUGAAGUGGAUCCAGCCUCAACCAUGCCCUGGCCCCAGGCGCAGCCGAGGACCAGUGCCAGCUCCUAUGCCUCGACUCCUGCUCCCUACUGUGCUCCACAGGCCUCGCCUCUGAGUGUGACUGGCCCCAUCACAGCCAACUCAGAACAGAUCGCCCGGCUGCGGAGCGAACUCGAUGUCGUUCGAGGAAACACAAAAGUCAUGUCUGAGAUGCUAACAGAAAUGGUCCCUGGGCAGGAGGAUUCAUCUGAUCUGGAGUUGCUCCAGGAGCUGAACAGGACCUGCCGGGCCAUGCAGCAGCGCAUUGUGGAGCUCAUCUCCCGAGUAUCCAAUGAGGAGGUCACUGAGGAACUGCUGCAUGUCAACGAUGACCUCAACAACGUCUUCCUACGCUACGAGAGGUUUGAACGGUACAGGUCAGGCCUGUCGGUACAGAAGGCCACUAAUGGAGUACUGAAUGAGGUGACCGAAGACAACCUAAUAGACCUGGGGCCCGGCUCUCCGGCGGUGGUGAGCCCCAUGGUAGGGAACACAGCACCACCGGCCUCCCUUUCCUCCCAGCUGGCAGGCUUGGACCUGGGGACAGAGAGUGUCAGUGGCACCCUCAGUUCACUCCAGCAGUGUAGCACCCAUGACGGCUUCGAUAUGUUUACCCAGACAAGAGGGAAUUCCAUGGCAGAACAACAUAAGACGGUGACCUACCAGGACCCAGAGGCAGACAGGGGACUGACUUCAGCACCAGACAGUCGGAAACAGAGCUCUGAAGCGAUCCCCGUUGGGCAGCCCUCUGUCAUGGACGACAUUGAGGUGUGGCUCAGGACAGACCUGAAGGGUGAUGACCCGGAGGAAGGGGUCACAAGCGAAGAGUUUGAUAAAUUUCUUGAAGAAAGAGCCAAAGCUGCUGAAAUGGUCCCUAACCUCUCAUCACUCCCCGCGGAGGCCCAGCCCCCAGCCUUGGCCUCCUCUAGCCGGAAGAAGCCCGAGCGGUCUGAGGACGCCCUCUUCGCCCUGUAA